AUGGUUAACGUCACCUUCAAAACGAUUACGAGCCAACAAUUCAACAUUGACGUCGAUGGAGAAACAGUGAUUGGCGAUCUAAAGAGGAACAUUGAGCAAAGUCAGGGUGCCAAUGAUUACCCGGCAGAUUCAAUGAAAUUAAUCUACAACGGAAAACCUAAUCUGAUAUUACGUGUUCGUCUGUUUGGACACCGCCUUGAACAGUUGUACUUGGAUGGAUGCACACGAGUCGACGAAAUGGCCAUCGAGGAUUUGUGCACAAAUUCGAGUCAACUCAAAGAGCUCCGACUCAAUGACUGCUACAGGAUCACCGAUAGUUGCAUUAGCAUGAUCUCGCGAACUGUCGAGCUUUCUCAUCUUUCACGCAUCACGGGUCUCGUCGAGAUUGCAUUCGAUUACAAUCCGCUUGUUUGCGACGAGCUAAUCGGGCAUCUUGUCGAAAACGCAAAAGGGCUUCGAUGUGUUUCACUCGCUAACUCAGGCUCUGAUCAAUCGAUUUCAACAGAUGGUUUGAGAAAACUUGCAAAUCUCCGAGAUCUAGAACAGGUCGAUCUAUCCUCACUUGCCGCUGUCCGCUCACCAGUGCUCGUUGAUCUCUGUUCAAAAUGUACCAAGCUAGAGUUGAUUCAGCACAAAAGCACAAAAGCACAAAAGAAGAAGAAAGCACAAAAGCUGAAACAUCUUGAUCUAUCUGGCAGUAUUUUGAUCACGAGCAAUUCGAUUCAAGAAAUCAUCAAAGCAUUUCCGUCAACUACCGGCCUUUCAACAAUCACCGUCGUUGUGGGAGGAACGGCCGCCGAAACGGGAGAAUUGAGAGUGCGCGGCAGUCGUGUUGCCAUUGAUUUCAGCGAUUAUUCGGCUCUCGUCGGCAUGGCCACUUCUCAAUCAGCUACCAGUAGCUAUAGUCUAGGUGAUAGUGAUGAUGACGUGUCUGAGGAUGACUUUGACGUCUUAACCGCUCAACGCUCUUUUUAUAUCGAUGCCGUCUAUGGGGAAGACGAUUCCCCAGUUUUGGAAAGCAAAACGGAGAUUUUAGAAUGGGCAACUAAAGAAGCCAAAAAUCUUGGCCUAAUCGAACAAAUUUGUGUGCUUCAAUUU